UUCAGAUUCAAAUUGCGUCGAAGUAAAAGGCCGCAUUUUGUAUUCGUCAGAAAAGUCAAGUAACAAACUGCAUUAGUACUCUACAAAAUUGUCGCUGUUUAGAACUUCACAUUGAGAAUGAAUCCUUUGGCAUACGUGAUGAAUACAAACGAAGUUGGAAAUGGACAUCUGUAUGUCAAGUUUUUGUUGCCUCUUCGACGGUUCUGUUCUAAUAGAAGUGAUCAAAAACAAAUAAAAGACAAUACUAAGUAAACUGUUUUACGUCAUUGUCAAACGCAAAACGCGAGCGAAAAAAAAUUUUGUGUAAAAUAUUUUCAUAGUGUAUCAGAUAAGGUAUAGAAUAAAAAAAAACAAAAAAAAAUAAUAAAAAAGCUUAAUAAAAACAUUAAGUAAGUGCUAGAAAUAAGAUGAAAUAAGAACAAUACUAUUUUAAUUAACUUAUAAGUGUACAUCUAAAAAGUGAAACAAACAAAUAGAUUAAUAUUAAGGAUAAUGGUUAAAAACAAACUUAUUUGUGAGAGUAAAGUUAAAACAUAAUUCAAAAAAAGUGAACUCGUGAAAGACUUUCUACAAACGGUCUCUUUUAAUUACGCUAAGAAAAAGACUAAAGUGAUAAACGUAAGUAAUAAAAACAAACGUGUAGGUGUAAGCUCAUCGUCAAUAAAAACAAAAACCAAAAGAACAUCCCAAAAAGUUUCUGUUGAGCGCAAGAACCGAGAGCAUCGUGGCCGCUAUAUAACGCCGUUCAAGCGUCGGAGGAUCCCACAUUCCCGCGUCGCGAGCGUCCUUUUGAAUAGUUCUACCACCUGUUAGGAUGAGUUACUUGGCUGGCGUGCUCGUUGCCACUUUCUUGGUGGUGAUGGGUCUUUUUGAGGUGAGGGUAGUGCUUGGAUUCCCAGGGAGUACCAAGGAGGUGAAAAUUAUGGCCCCGAUAGAUGUUAAGCAAGGAGGGAUUGGACGUCCCGGUCAGGGUUUUAUGAACUUGCGGGGCAUACUUCCUACGAGCAAUGAUUUUACGAAACCAAUAAGGACUAAAAGGACUAUUGAGGAACAUCAUGUUACGGAUUGUAUACACAUGACGUCAGAAGAGGGUGAGUUCUACCACAAAGCUCUAUCAGUGGAUGGCCAAGCUUGCGGUAUUUACAUUUAUGCAGAACCGAAUCAAAAUAUAGAAAUCCGUUUCAAUUAUCUGGAUGUACCUUGCGAAAAUGGCGGCCUUGUUUCGGUAGUAGAUGGAUGGGAAUUGAAGGGAGAAUUUUUUCCGAGCAGUAGAGACCAUCAGAAACCGUUGAGGGCGCGAUUUAACGAGUUUUGUGGAGAAAGGAAAAUAAAGAAAGUUUUCACGAGUUCCCAAAAUGUAGCACUGAUACAAUACAGGAUGCCUGCCCGAGGGACUAGUUUCAGCUUUACCGUGAGAUUUGUGAAGAACCCUACACCUUGCAACGUAUUUUUCCAAGCAGACGACCAUGAAACCAUAUAUACCCUUCACAACUAUGGAAGAAGAACGAAUUGCAGUCUCAGUACAUUAUUUCCAGCCUCAGUCAGUAUAGAAGCACUUAACGUAGGUGUGACACCAGUUUUAGAUAGAGGAAUUCAACAGGAAACUGGCACAAUUCAUAAGGUAUCAAACAAAUUGCUAAACGGGGUCUUGAAGUUGAAAAUGGAAAAAACCAUUGGAUUAUCCACAAUAUCCACACCUAAUAAACAACAAAAAAACUGGAGACAGUGUCAGAAGAGAGGUCUGGAAGACUACGUUGAAGUAGGAGGAUCAUUAGGUUUGGAUAACAAACACCUUCAAGUCGCUGACUCAUUUUGCGGCCUUAAUUCAACACCAGGAAGAUACGCAGAAACGAUAGCAUGUGACACUACAACAGUUCGAUUAGUAUCUUCAGGAGCUUUCGAUAAUUCUGUUACAAUCAAAAUGAGGCAAUUAACAGACAACGACAUUGACGGCCACUUAAGUGUUGUUUGUUUUACAGAUGAUAUGUUGCAGGAAUAAACAACGGUUCCUGUCAACUUGCUCCAAUAACCACAAACAUUUUUUCCUUGGUGUGGCAGAAACCAUCGUUGAAGACUUAAUAUUUAACAUUGAGUAUUGUACUUGAAAUUUAUUUUUUGUCCAAAUUUAUUGUAUGUAGAAUUAAUUAAACACGUAGGAAUCUUGUAUGUGUAUAAAGAGUCAAAUAAAAUAUUACCAAAA